AAGAUUAUAUUUUACGUUUUCUACUGACACGAGUCAGAAGUUAAAAUACUUUUUAUAGUACGUAUCAAACAAGUUAUUGUUAGUUUGCACGUGAUUUCGGCAUAUAUUACAUAUAAACUAUAUGUAUUGCAGAAAUUGGUUACAUUAGAUUUAUUCUUAAAAUUCCAAGAUGACAUCUCUUAAAGUUAUCCAGCCAGGUGUAAAACUGUUUCAAGAUCUUCCAAAGAUUUUAAACGUACCUUUGACUCGAAGUAAAUAUUAUAAUAUUUAUGGAGAUCAAAAGGAAGCUACAUGGGAUGAUAUUCGUGAUAACACAGUUCAAAAAGUAUUUUUCUUAGAAAUUAUUCGUGGGCUAGGAGUUGCAUUAUCUCAAUUGUUUAGAGAACCUGCAACAAUAAAUUACCCUUUUGAAAAGGGCCCUUUAAGUCCACGAUUUAGAGGAGAACAUGCAUUAAGAAGAUAUCCUUCAGGAGAGGAAAGGUGUAUUGCAUGUAAAUUAUGUGAAGCAAUUUGUCCAGCACAAGCAAUCACUAUUGAAGCAGAAGAGAGAGCUGAUGGAUCGCGUCGUACAACAAGAUAUGACAUAGAUAUGUCAAAAUGUAUAUAUUGUGGUUUCUGUCAAGAAGCUUGCCCAGUGGAUGCAAUCGUGGAGGGUCCGAACUUUGAGUUCUCGACAGAAACACACGAAGAAAUGUUAUAUAAUAAAGAAAAACUUUUGAACAAUGGAGAUAAAUGGGAAUCGGAAAUUGCUAGCAAUAUUCAUGCUGAUCAUUUGUACCGUUAAAUAAAUUACGAAAUGUAGUUAUAAAUUAAAUGUAGAAUAAAUGAUUGAAACUAUUUAAAAUUUA